AUGGCCAUCCUCGACGCCCCGCCUGCUCCGCCCAUCCGGCCACGCUCUUCAGCUCCUCCGAAAGUGCGGGCCACUUCUGCUCCUUCUCGCCGGAGCGCGCGUAAGGCCACGUCCGGCUGCACUGUGCCGGUGGCUCAGCGCGCGGCGCUGCGCCUCGUCCAAGAGCUCGGCGGCCUCGGCCCAAAGGAUCGGAUGACUCCGGCGGCGGCGGCGGCUCUGCUCAAGCGCUUUGAGGAGCCUCUGUCCCGCAGUGACAUCAAAGCUCACCGGCCUGGACAGAUCAUGUCGUGGAACGUUAGGGGCCUGAACGCGCCGGCUAGACGAUCUGCAGUUAGAGAGGUGGCGCAGACAAAUAAUAUUUCAAUCCUAAACCUUCAAGAAACUAAAUUGGAGACAUGGACUCUUGAGAUGGCUCGCGACGUUGGGGGAAGUCUUCUGCAGGGCUGCGUCGUGCUUCCGGCAAUGGGCACGAGAGGGGGCGCGGCAAUUUUCUGGGACAAGCAGAUCGUCGAGAUCACGGAUCAGAUCGUCGCUAGUUUCUCCAUCACUGCAAAGGUGAAGAUCAUUAGUACAGGCUGCUCAUUUUGGAUGACUACGGUCUACGGCCCGACGGAUGACCAACAGAAAGCCAACUUUCUGUCGGAAUUGGCUGCGGUUGCGCCACCUGCCACAGAGCCAUGGAUGCUGAACGGCGAUUUCAACAUGAUAUACCAAGCUAGAGACAAAAACAACUGCAACAUCAAUAGAAGGAUGAUGGGCCGUUUCCGCAGAGCAAUUGACCUCGCCGGGGUGAAAGAGGUCAAAUGCAAAAACAGGAGAUUCACGUGGAGCAGUGAGAGGGAAGACCCAACUCUUUGCAGUAUCGACAAAGUUUUCUGUAACCUGGCAUGUGAGGAUAUGCACCCAAGCUUUGUCCUCAUGGCGGCCUCCACUUCGUUCUCUGAUCAUUGCCCUCUGGUGCUGGCUAAUGGAGUUAGGCCUGUCACCAAGGCAAGAUUCAGAUUCGAGAACUUUUGGACAGUUUUCCCUCACUUUCAGGAGACAGUGCAGCACGCAUGGGAGAGGCCUAUCCGCCACGACUGCCCGUUCGUCAGAAUGAAAAAGAAGAUGGAAAGAGUAGCGGUGGAUUUAAAGCAAUUGAAAGGGCUCGCAAGAAGCAGGCUUCCAGGAUUUCUUGGCUCCGCGCGGGAGAUGCCAACUCAAAGUUCUUCCAUGCCCGCCUCCUCUCGCGUCGUAGAAAAAAAUUACAUCCACUCCAUCAAAAAGGGCGACGCCAUUGUCAUGGAGCCGCGGGAGAAAGCUCAGUUGGCCUUCGAUCACUUCGCCCGCGGCCUCAGCGAAUCCCUGCAACAGAACUGCACGCUUAACUGGGACCUGCUUCAGCUUCCAGCCGUUGACCUGCAAGGCAUUGAUCUUCCUUUCUGUGAGCCAGAAAUCUGGGCAGCCAUCAAGGCAUUUCCGACUGAAAAAGCUCCUGUGCCGGAUGGUUACACCGGCAAGUUCUUCAGAUCAUGUUGGCACAUUAUCAAACAAGAUAUCAUGGCGGUUUUUCAAAAGUUCUACAACCUAGCGGGUGACAACUUUGCUGAUCUGAACACUGCCUUCAUUGCCUUGCUGCCAAAGAAGGAUGGAGCAACAGAGAUGGGCCACUUCCGACUGAUCAGCCUCCAUUGCUAA